CUGUCUUUAAAUUUUAAUCUAAUUGUGUUCAACUCGCGAUUGCGUCCACCAUAAAAGAACAUUACCUAAUACAUAAUAAGGCGUCACCAAAAAAAAUGAAAAGUAUCAUACUAGCCUAAUAAGACGAUCCCCCCAAAAUCAGGCCAAAAAUUUGGGUCUAGAAAAGCGACUUAUUUUUCGUGAAAUACGGUAUUUUUAUAUAUGGUUGUCUGUAGUUUAAUAUUCCAUAAAUUCUAUUUUUUUGUGCAAUUUCUAUGAGGUACAAUUCAGCAAUCUUCAUUAUCUCAACGUGAUUCAUGGAUCAUGAAUCAUGAUCAUUGUAAAUUGAAAAGAAAAAUUUUUUUGAGUCAUGAAUAACUGGUGACAAGCUGCUGUCUAUUAUAUUAAUCUGUGUUUAUGUGUGUGUUGAACUACUAUUAACGCUAUAUUACUGAUUGUAUUAUAGGAUUUUUAUGGUCCAACACAAUGCCUUGGUGUUAAUGUAUAUUUGUGAUAAUAUCUUGUUAUAUAUUUUUUGUAAUAUCGGCAGGAUAUUAGAUUUCUUACUAAAAUGUUCUUUCACCGUAUGGCCUGUGAUACAAGUUUCAAUUGUUCUAGUCGGGGUAGUUGUUUGGAAGGAGUAUGUGUUUGUUCUGUUCAGUUUGCUGGUGAUCAGUGUUCGCAAACAAAUGUUGGUUUUGUAGCUGCAUUCAGCAGUCUUUACAGCCUGCUUGUUCUAGUUAGCUUCAUUCAAUUGAUUCUCUGUAUACAAGCUGAAUAUAAAAAGCUGAAGCAUCCAUCAUUAUGGUCGGCAUGUCGCAUCACAACUCAAAAGUUACUUUAUUUUUUAGCAUUAAGUGCUGCUUUAACAAGGGUGCUUUAUUUUUCAUUGAUGGGAGUUAUUCCUGACAAAUGGUUGAAUACCAUGGAAUUAGCAUAUCAACCUCUUUUAAUAACUGGAAUGUCUCUCGUUGUCUGUUAUUGGAGUGAGGCUUUCUUUUUGGAGGAUGUGAGUAUGUCUGCUGCAAGAAGAGCUCGUUUUCUCUCCAAAUCAUGGCUUGCUUUCUCUGCUUUUAAUUUGAUUCUUUAUCUCACUGUGAUUGCACAAUUUAUAGUUGUUGUAACUGGGGCUCAAGGAAUCAUCUCAGUUGAUCAUUGGACUAAUGGUGCCUUCCAGUCAUUUUUUGCAAUUAUACUGUUCAUCGUAUUUAUUAUUUUUAUGACUGUUGGAGUGGAAAUCUUUUUCAAGGUAAGAGGUGCAUUCAACAGACAAGAAGAUCAACCAACUACGUCAACGUCAAGUUCGCAAACCACACAGAAUAUUAAUUGGAGAGAAGUUGUUAAAUCAAGAUUAGCAAUCGUUUUUCAGGCCCUCUUUCUUUUACUGAUGGUCGUAUGCAUUGUGUCGAAAGCUGUUGAAACAAUGUGGAGAGAUAAAGUUGAUAUCAAAACGAGAAGCAUUCAUACCGUUUUGCACAGAAUGGCUGAGGUUCUUGUUGUACUGUGGUUUCCAUGUGUAUUAUGGAAUUCAUCACGGCCUGAACAAUUGUGGUUUUUGAAUCCAAGAAGAUUGUUAAGCUUUGGAGAAAAUCGAGUUGUAGAGAGGCUUCUCAAUUCUCAUGCAAGAAGAAGGCCUGGAUAUAGUACUUUCAACAUUCCUGAUGAAAAAUCAGAUACCGAUGAUGAAGAAUCAGAGUGUUGGAUAUGCUAUGAUCAUGACAAUUCUGAAACAUUCAUCAGUCCAUGUCUCUGCAAAGGUGGAAUGGCCAAGGUUCAUCAUAGUUGUUUGCAAAGAUGGUUGAUGGAAAAUACAACGAAUGGAGAAAGUCCAUCAUGCAAUAUUUGCAAGUACAGAUAUGCGAUUCAUGAAGAACCUGUAAGAAUGCUGUCCUGGUCACAGAGCUGGAGAAGAAUUGUAAUCAUCAUCCCAACUCUGGUGCUAUGUGGUGCAGCUCCUUAUCUUUCCGUCUAUGUAUUUCGGAACCAACCACAACUGUCAACACCCAUUAAAGUCGUUAUUUUAGGUUUUUCCAUCCUUAUGGAACUUGUCUGCUUAAGGGUUCUUGGUGUGAAUUUUUCAAGACUUUAUCACAUUACACGACAAUCUGCAAUACGAAUACUUAACUAUGAGUCCGUCAACAUCAAUCAACAACCACAUGAACACAAAUCUCAGACGAAGAGCAGUCUUUUUCGUAAAAUAAAACCUCAACAUUACACACCAAUACCUUCUCAUGAUGACUUUGAUGAUGGAAUUGCUGUGGAACAAGCUAAUGUUUUGGUGAAUGUGAGCAACGAAAAUAGUUUUUCUGUUUCGUCAUGUCAGGAUGCGCUUUCUUUCUGAUUUGCAAACUUUCUGUUUUGUAUUUUUUUUUGCCAUGAAAUGCACAAUUAAAAUUUGCUUUGUUUUUUUUUGCCAGAGAAGUAUUAUUACUGUCACCAGUAUCAUAUAUGUGGAAUAUCUGAACCAAAAUAUCUAAAAAAAUUCGAAUAAUCAACAAUACAUGAGCUUUUUAGUGAAUUUCAUCACAUAAUAGAUCAAUUUUGAGCAAAAUAUACUGAAGUAAUUGUCAAAAUAAUUUAUGGAAUAGUGGGUUAUUGGGAUGUGGGAAUACUUACACAUGACAUAUUUUAUUGCUAGUUGUCAUGACACCUUAACUGUUGAUUUUUUACGGUGUUGUCGAAUUAUACUAUAUGCAUCAACAUAUAUAAACAAUUUUUUUUAUAAAUAUUAAUAUGAGGUUUUUCCUGUUUAGCAGACUAAAUAGAGAGGAUAAAUGACCCCUUGGCAUACUUUCUAACUGUAUUUUGUGUCCAUGCUCAAAUGAGAGUAAUACCAUCUUAACAUUGCGAUUAUAACCUCGCUUCUAUCAUGUUAGAAUGCAUGCAUUGUUCGCUCUUGUCCGAUUUUAUAUGUAAUAUAAGUCGAUAGGUUGGCUUCAAAGCCUCUUGUGUUUCAGUAUUUUUGUAAUCUUAAACUAUUUUGAAUUUAAAUAUUGGAAAUAAAUUUGUUUCUUGCAUAAAAAACAGUC